AUGAAUUAAUAAUAAUUACAAGGUUCAAGAUAAAAUAAUUGGGAAUUAUAAUAAGAUGGUUAAGUUAAUGAAUCAGAUGCACUGAUUAAUUUGGAAAUAGCAUAAAGUUGGUUAAUAUCAGUAUUUAAUUUCAUAAUUAGGCUUUAUUGCUUGUAGUUUUGUUUAAUUCCUUUCUUACUCUGUUAUUGUCAUCUUUAACAUUUGGAUUGAGUUUCAGGAUUCCUUUGUUAUUUUUGAGUAUAGUGCACCUGAUAUAUCUAAUAAAAGUGUGUAUAGUUCAUCAUAAAACGUAAAAAUAAUAAGUAAAAAAGAAGGGUUAAAACUGAUUUUGAUUGUUGUUUCGAAUUGACAUGGAACAUUGGUUUAAUAUCAUAUUAUGUAAUGAGUUAUAUUAAAAAUAGAGUUGUUUAAUAUACUUUGUUGAAUAACAUAGUUUUUAGAUACAAUAUUUAGGAAUGCUGUUAUGUUUUUAUAAUGCUAUUUGGAUGUUUUACAGUGGAGUCUAAUUACAUAAAAAGAAAUGUGAGAAAUAAUAGUAUAAAUUGGUAUAAGAAGAGAAUUAAUAUAGUUGGGUGUGUUUGCAAAGUUAUGUUUUAUAAUAUAGAUAACAUUUAUCAAUCUAAAAUUAAUCGAUUGGUUGGCUAUUCAUUGGUUAUAUGCAUUUAUAUUAAUAUGGCUAUUCUUAUUAAUAGUAAUAUUUUUAGAGCUAAUAUCAAUAUUUAAUUUGA